AUGACCUCCCUGCUACUGUCGGACGGAGAAUGCUAUGACCUCGCCUCCGCCUUCCAGACCUACCCCAUUGCACCGUGUCUGUUCGAGGCUAGUCCGUCCCGCAUUCCAGAUCCAGUAUAUGGCGGCCUGUUGAUGGCACGAGCCAUCAUGGUUGCCGCCACUGAUGUAGGCAAAAGACAAUGCCACUCGCUGCAGGCAACAUUCGUUCGACGCGCGCAGCCCCAGGUCACCACCAACUUUGCUGUUGGCGAGACCAUGACCGGGAGAAAUUUCUCCAUGCGUCGCGUCACUGCAUCCCAAGAUGACCGGGAGAUCUUCUCGGCCAGCCUGUCGUUCCGCGAGCCCCAUCCUGGCGUCGCGCAUCAGCCACCGACACCGACGAUGACAUUUCCCUCGGAGUAUCCUACCAAGAGUAAGCAGCGCAGGCCGCCACCGCCGGGGAUUGAGGCACGUUGGGUCCCAGACCUCGAUCCAAACGGCAGCGAGAUACUUUGGAUGCGGAGUACUUGCGCGCUGGGGAAUUCUUCAGCAUUGCAGACUGCGGCGCUCGUUUACGCUUCCGACUAUCCGAUUAUUGAGGCAGGGCUUUCCAGGCAUGGGUUGUCCUGGCAGUCGCCGGACCUGUUCACAACUAGUCUGAGUCACAGCGCAUGGAUUAUGAGGGUGAGCGAUUUCAGUGACUGGCACUUCUUUAGCAUCGAUUCUCCUGCUGCAUCUGGGGGAACUGUGUUAGGGCGCGCAUCGUGCUUUGACCGGGAUGGAAACCUUGUUGCUACGUUCGUCCAGGAAGCUGUUAUUUGGACGGAUUGA